CGGACAUGUAUUUCCAUUGUUAGAGCGGCGAAUCGACUCUCUUGUCAAUAUAAUAGACAAUCUUUGUGUCAGAGCUGAUCAUAACAACCUUCCAGCUAGCAGCUUUGAGUGUGUCUUCCAUUUGAGAGUGAACAUUUAUUAGUGCCGUGUUAACGACUGAAGUAAUAACCGGACAUAAACACAGAUCGUCAUUAUGCCUUCUGCCUGUGACUCCCCGAUCGAUGACAUUGAGGACAUGGUGUCAGCUGACGACCCGACUCCACAGGAGAGGCAGUAUGCCAGGAAGAGCAUCGUCCCCAGAGCCAGGAAGAGAAACACGCAGCAGACGACAGAGGUGCUGCAAGCAGACAGUGUGAUCCCUGGCAUGCAGAAGAUCUGGAUGAGGACGUGGGGCUGCUCCCACAACAACUCAGACGGGGAAUACAUGGCUGGACAGCUGGCAGCGAGCGGAUACAAGAUGACAGAGGACCCCGCGGAGGCUGAUCUGUGGCUGCUCAACAGCUGCACUGUGAAAAACCCGGCCGAAGAUCACUUCAGAAACUCCAUCAAGAAGGCCCAGGAGCAGGAUAAGAAGGUGGUGGUAGCUGGAUGUGUUCCCCAGGCCCAGCCCAGGAUGGACUACCUUAAAGGACUCAGCAUCAUCGGGGUUCAGCAGAUUGACCGUGUGGUGGAGGUGGUGGACGAGGCUGUUAAAGGUCACUCGGUGGGUCUGCUGGGUCAGAAGAAGGACAAUGGGAAGCGUCUCGGCGGAGCCAGACUGGAUCUGCCCAAGAUUAGAAAGAACCCUCUGAUAGAGAUAAUUUCAAUCAAUACAGGUUGUCUGAAUGCCUGUACGUACUGUAAAACCAAGCAUGCCAGAGGAGACCUGGCCAGCUACCCCGUGGAGGAACUCGUGGAGAGAGCCAGACAGUCCUUCCAAGGUGAGUCUACAGCCGACCAAUCACGCUGCUGCUCCAAGUACACUGACUCCUUUACCCACCUUCUUUUACUAACUACCAACUCUUUGUUGGAGAUGGGGAUCUAGUGGGUUGAUGGAGAUGGGGAUCUAGUGGGUUGUUGGAGAUGGUACCAGGUGGAUCUAGUGGGUUGUUGGAGAUGGGGUUCUAGUGGGUUGUUGGAGAUCGUACCAGGCGGAUCUAGUGGGUUGUAGGAGAUGGUACCAGGGGAUCUAGUGGGUUGUUGGAGAUGGUACCAGGGGAUCUAGUGGGUUGUUGGAGAUGGGGAUCUAGUGGGUUGUUGGAGAUGGGGAUCUAGUGGGUUGUUGGAGAUGGGCAUCUAGUGGGUUGUUGGAGAUGGGGAUCUAGUGGGUUGUUGGAGAUGGUACCAGGGGAUCUAGUGGGUUGUAGGAGAUGGUACCAGGGGAUCUAGUGGGUUGUAGGAUAUGGUACCAGGGGGAUCUAGUGGGUUGUUGGAGAUGGUACCAGGGGGAUCUAGUGGGUUGUUGGAGAUGGUACCAGGGGGAUCUAGUGGGUUGUAGGAGAUGGUACCAGGGGAUCUAGUGGGUUGUUGGAGAUGGUACCAUGGGGAUCUAGUGGGUUGUUGGAGAUGGUACCAGGGGAUCUAGUGGGUUGUUGGAGAUGGUACCAGGGGAUCUAGUGGGUUGUAGGAUAUGGUACCAGGGGAUCUAGUGGGUUGUUGGAGAUGGU